AUGAAGCAGACGCAUCAAGGCAACGACUAUCUGUUCCAUGGAUUCAACACGGCAGUUCAGUCCAGUGUACGGGCGCUACUAGGGGAUCGAUGGACUGACAUUGGUAUGAUCGACUCAGUGAUUUUGGCCAAGCAUAAUCAGAUGUUGGCUAUGCUAUUCGUGCAACCGCGGAGCUCUAUGUUGGAAACUGCAGACUUGUUGGCGGAUCAGUACGUCACGAAUCCAGAGCUGAUUGAGAGUGUGAUUCAGAACAUUCAAACGUAUGGAGUAUGGGGUGUUCAAGCAGGAACUACGGGUGGUGCGGCAGGCUUGUUUAAGAUGGCACCGGCGGCGGAUGCUGGAGGAAGGGAUCAGCAACUUAGUGCUCGACUAGGAACUUACAUGGACACGUUGCUGAAGCAGAUGGCGAAGGCUGGCACGGUAUCUACAGGGGCUCCGUUGACAGACUUCAAGAAGGUGGAGCGUGAACACCUGGGCCAAGCUGCACAGCUGUCCACGACAGAAGGAUUACUCAAAGUGGAAUCGGUGUAUUAUGAUGCGGUUAUGGAUAAUUUAGAUGUUGUGAAUGAUACUAUAGAUGUCUUUUUAGAACGCGUAUUUAUUCACCACAAGCGUUUGGGGAAGAGUGUUCGCCGUUCCUACAGUAUAGGUGGUUUGACUCCGGUCUUGCUUACACUUAAGGAGGAGCGUGAGGAACGUGAUGGUCCUAGUGCACAUGGGGUUAAGGCUGCUCCCACAGUGCUGACAGAGCCACAGGGUGAUUGGUACAACAUGAACAACGGGACGUUGGCUGCGCCGAGUGACCUACGACCCAAGUUAAGGAAUCAAGGGGAGGAUUUGCGGAAACUGUUGAAGACGCCGCGACAAGUGACACAGGCCACAGGCAAACUGACGAGUAAGCGUACACGACCCCAGGCCUCUGAUGAUGAGAGAGGGGUAGAGUUAUCAGGCGAUGACAAGGAGGAUGCGGACGCUGCCUACAAGCAGCGUAUGAAGAGCAUUAAGUGCUACACCUGUCAGAAGUUUGGUCACAUUGCGACUAAGUGUCGUCAGAAGUGA